AUGAGGGCACCAUUGUCAAAUUCUAUCUUGUGUCUCACGAGAAACACUAACACAGUGCUGUCGCAGUGCAGCACCCUCUCACAUCCGGGGUGGGAUUACAUAUCAGCCCACUGUGAUAGGGUGCUUCAAUGCCGCAGGACUACCGAAGAACUCGUGUCUCACGGUAAGAAAGGAUGGCCAGGCUAUGGGAAUUAA